AGAUAAAAAAUAUAGUACCACACGGACCGUCUGAAAUAACCUAAGAAAGCAGAUAUUAAAAUUUUUCUCACAGAUUGCAUAUUUUAAAAUAUAGCAAAUGUUAAUACAGUGUGCUUUGAAUAUUUUUAUCAGGCACUUGGUUGAACGCCUAAACAUUUCAAAUACAGCAAUUGUGUUGUUUACUGAAGAUGUUCUCUUGUUGCACUUGCUAUAUAUCAGAUAGGGAAAAAUUUACCAUUUAUUUGAUUUAUAUGUAUUUUUUAUAGUGCUGGGGUUAAAAGAUAAUCUUCAUUGCUAAUCGGGACAGAUUUUAGCUUAUCAAUGUACUUAAAUGGCGUUUUUAUCUUGAUAGACGUAGUAGCUAACUUAACUAACACGGACAGGAUGCAAUGGGGGUGUGCAAUUUGAUAAUAUUAUUAGUUCCAAGAUUGUCAUUGAGACAUUAUUCAAAACCAAGACCGCUAAAACCGUAUGAAGUGUUUGGUAACCGGAUUAUUUCAUAUACGAACAUCCGUACACAAUGGUCGUGGAGGUGGAGAGCUUCUUCGGUGUGUACAUGCUGUAUUGCACCAAUCCUAAAUUCAAAGGACGCAUUUACAUUGGAUUCACGGUGAAUCCCGAACGUCGGAUAGGACAGCAUAACGCGGGGCGACACCGAGGUGGCGCAAAAAGGACAAGUGGAAGAGGACCAUGGGAGAUGGUGCUCAUUAUUCACGGCUUCCCCUCUGAAAUUGCUGCUUUGAGGUUUGAGUGGGCGUGGCAGCACCCCCACUCCUCCCGACGCCUGUCCCAUGUCACCCGGCGGUCAAAGAAGGAGUCCAGCCUGCAGUUCCACUGGCGUGUGGUGUCCAACAUGCUGCGUGUGGCGCCGUGGAGCCGCCUGCCUCUCACCACCCGCUGGCUCAAGCAGGAGUACCACAUGGACUUUGAGCCCGGACUCCAGCCCCCGCUGCACAUCCCGCUGGCCUUUGGCAGCGUCCGGGCCAAGAAGCAGAAACGGAAAGAGACGGAGGAGGAACAGCAGGAGGCGGAGAAGGAAAGAGAUAGAUGCGUCCUUUGUCGGGGGACUGUGAAGCCUGCAGAUAAGCUAACCUGCUUCCACCCCUCGUGUCACAUGACCAGCCACCUGAUGUGCUUAGCCAAGCACUUCCUUAAGACUGAGCCUGCCCAUCUCCUUCCUGUGGAGGGGGAGUGUCCUGGGUGCCGUCACUCUGUACUUUGGGGGAGUCUGGUUCGCCACAAGAACGGUUGUUACGGAGACCUGGAGGAAAACGCAUCGUCUUCAUCCCAAAACCACUGGACUGAUGAACUGCAGAUCUAAAUGGGACCAAAGCCUUUCCAAUAUGAACUUUGAACCGGUACCGAUACGCCAUGAGAGCGUACAGGGAAGAGAUAAGAAGAUCAUGUGAAAUGGAUCAAUGACUAGCGUGUUUCUCACAUGUAGUCUUUCUUGAAAUAGGAACAUUUACAUUUUAACUUAAACUUUCGGGGACUUGAACCAGCAGCCUUUCAGUUGCCAACCCGGAAUUCAAACCACUAAACCGCCAGCCGAUUACACAACAUUUCCAUCAUUAGAUUUGAUUAUUUAAAGUUUACACACAGAAAUAAUGUAAGUCUGCUGUCAAAGUUUUUAAUGCUACAUCUGAACCCUUUUAAGUGAAAAUGAACAAGACAAAUAUAUAUUUCAUGACUGCCUCUAUUACAAUAAAACAAGUAUGUAUAAACCA